CUGUCUGCGUGACCGCGGCAGGUUGGUCCUGGAGCAGAUGAGCGCAGAAUAUUUAGGCGAAAGCGCACGGAGGGGGGUUGCGCGGGGAAGGAGGAGUACCUCGGCCAAGAAAAUUAUGCAUGCGUUAGGGAAGCUGUGAGAGAAUGGCUGUGGAAGCUCUCCACUGUGGUUUGAAUCCACGGGGUAUUGAUCAUCCUGCUCAUACUGAAGGCAUUAAACUGCAAAUUGAAGGUGAAGGUGUUGAGUCUCAACCCAUUAAAAACAAACAUUUCCAGAAGCUGCUUGACCAAAAAGGAACCCCCAAGCGACUGCAGGCAGAAGCUGAGACGGCUAAGUCGUCUACGGUGAAGCUGUCAAAACCAGUGGCUCUGUGGACUCAGCAGGAUGUCUGCAAGUGGUUGAAGAAACAUUGUCCGAAUCAGUAUCAGAUCUACAGCGAGUCAUUCAAGCAGCAUGACAUAACUGGGCGAGCUUUGCUGAGACUUACCGACAAAAAGCUUGAGCGAAUGGGGAUCGCCCAGGAAAACCUCCGGCAGCACAUCUUGCAACAGGUGCUCCAGCUGAAGGUGCGGGAAGAAGUCAGAAACCUACAGGUACUCAAACAAGCCUCAAUCGAGGGUUCUCCAUAAACGUGGUGAGCCUUCCAAGCUACUCUCCUGCCAGUGGAUAUGAACAUGACCUGCUCUUCCCAGAGAGACUAACUUGUGGCCCUGCCAGACGAUCCCCUUGGAGCAUUGACAGAUUAACCAGAUUAACUGCGGGGGAAGGCACCCAUCCAGUCAAGCUGAUGGGCUUUGGAAAAUCUUAGCUUGCUGUGGAUUUGAAAACGAUGUGCAUUACAUGCAGUGCCCACUCGUUGCAAGUGGUCAUCGGCAGACGAUUAGCUGGAAAAUUGCUUCCAGUUUUCAUCACUGUGCAUCACUCCGGCGCCCUUCGGGGAGCUGUCUGUGCCCCUCCCUGGACGUCCUGUUUCCGCAUGGCAACCACUGGAUUCUCUUACUAUGUGUGCAGAUGGCAUGAUGUGUUAGACAACAAUUACAGCAGUUUUGCAAUCUCGGUGGAGGUGUUUACCAUAGUGUGCCCUGGUAGGAAUGUCCACAUGUCUCCAUUAUGUUAGUUAUGACAUCUGAAAGUAUUCUGUCCAACUCUUACGCACUUUAUAGGAGACACGAAUCAGCACGUUCAGUACCUGUGAGAAAACAAGUAUUUUCUUUUUUGUUUUUUUCUUUAUAAAUCUUGUCUUAUUUCUGGCACAGACUGUCUGAGACAAAGUCCACUCCUAGCAUAUCCCCAGUUGUUUAUGGUAGAUCGGUGUAAAUAUGGCCACAAUACUGUUAGACUUAACCUCUUGACACUUUCCUGAACAACUGGAUCCCAAAGGGAAGUAGAAGUGGGCUGAUUGUAAUACCUUAGCUCCUGGUUCCUUGCACUGAGGCACAACGUAACCGCUUGCACAUACAACCACUCAAACGCAGGAGGCUGCUCCUUGGCCAGCGAGCAUGCUCUCGCAGUCUAUAGAAGAGUUCUUUCAAAUCAAAAACAGGGAAUUGGCCUUCUUUUAAUCGAAGACCAUGCUGGGUUGGUGUUAAGGGCAGCAGAAUGCAGUUUGCCAGUGGUCUGACUUUAAAACCAUGGAAGACUUUCUAGGUCAAGUUCAAAUCAUGGCUCUCUGGGGAGAAAAACCAGCAAGUGACUCCUGAGUGCCUAGAGAAGGAAAAAGGUCCAAUUGCACAUGAGGUUUCCUCCUCAACAGAGAACCUGCUAGUCCCUGUUAAUUCUUUCUGGGAUUAUACCCACAACUAGUUUUUUGUUUGUUUGUUUGUUUUACUGUCUUACAACAAAGCACAGACCUGGGGGAAAGGUCAAUCCAGUUAUUGCUUAUCUUUAAGCAUUAGAAAAUUGCCCAAUGAACUGACCCUACAGAAUGUUUUAGCAUUUUUCCCCCUGAAAAUAUAAAUUUGGCUGAAUCAAAAACUCAGCAAAGCAUGUUCUGUGUGCCCAUGGUCUCAACCUGGCACUGACAGGCAUGGAAUAAUUUGCUAUAAAUACAUGGGACAACUCUGGGACCCUUCCAGCACAAGCAAGCUGUGCCUUUUUGGGGGUCACCAGACACCCUCUCUCGCAUUUUUCUUCCCUUGGGGUCUCAGGAAACCAGAGCCCACUGAAAAAAAGGGCUUACACUGAGAUUUGGAAACCUGACAGGGAAGAGCAGAGAGGUUCAAAGGUGAUUGGGGUGAAUCACCCAAUAGAGUGACACCCGUCAGGUUGUGGUGCCAAAGAAGGGGGCUUCCAAGAGGGAACUCAGAGAAGUUUCAAUACCCCCAAGAGCUGACCCUCCAACAUGUUAGCAAUAGGACCAUCAGGCCCCCCAGCAGACCACAGUUCUUUACAAACCCUGCUGCCAACUCCUCUGGACAUAGCAUGCUAAUCUCCACUCACCUCCUCGGUUUCAAUUGCAAGAGCAGGGUUUCCUCCUUUCAUUCCACCCUUUAUUCAGCAAGUAUUUGCUGAGCACCUACUAUGUGCCAAACAUUGUGCUGGGGCAGCAACAGUGUACAAGGCAGAGCCUCUCCACCUUUUGAAAGAGCUCCUUCUCCUGAACACUGUCCCCACCCUGUCUUUUUCAUAAUGACAACAGCACUGGGACAGCAUUCACCCCCUGCCAGAGGAAGUUGGGGAAAUGCCUGGAAAAGGGGGCAGAGGAGGAAGGGGUGGUGGACGGCAUUGAGCCACAUAUUGGCACCCUUCACGCAUAGCCAACUCUCCCAGGGCCCGGAUGUAGCUGGGAAGAGCUUCCUAGAGCAGCUCUCCAUUGCUUUCUUUGAUGUCUAUCCUGGUCACCUAUAUUGCCAUCCUUUACAGAGACAAUAAAACCUCCUUUGCUGUAUUCUCUGAAACUCCAAUUCCAUAAUUAGUCCUGGGGACACAGAAUUGGACCUGAUGAAUCCAAGAGAACUACUGCCAGAUGCUGAGAGAGCGUAGCUGGGAAUUGAUUGGUUUAACCAGGACUUUCUGAGACCACCGCUAACACCCGUGGAAAGCCAGACACGCUUGAUGGUGCAGAUGUUCGUAAAAUGACGAUGGUUCAUCUUCAUCCUUACUCUGGCUUUUGUGAAAUACAUUCUGAGCAAUUAAAUAAGUUGAGUUUCCGAGCUUUUUUUUUUUUAGUUAAAAGAGUGCUGGAACAUGGUGGUGGGUGAAGUUGGAGCUGGGAAAGACUAAGAAGAAGACAAUGAAAGAGCCCAGUUGAAGAUGGCUUCUCUAAAAAUGCCUUAAUUCCUGGCAAGUACCACAUAUUUGCAGAUGAACUACAACUGCUUACCAAACUGUCCACCUCUGUGUGAAAUCACUUCGGGGGAUGCUUUUGAAAACAUGGGAGCAUCAAAUCUGAGUUGUCACGAGCUAAGCCAACAAAAUGGAGCCAUGAUGCCAUUCCUGGGGCCCAAGAUUCUUCGUUACGUGUUGAUGCAGUUUCCCACAGUUCCUUUCUGCUGUGCUGUACCUUCUUUCUAAGAUGCAUAUGGGGAAUCCGACCUCCAGAAGGUCAGAAGUGGCUGGGGUGAGUUUUGUUUAGUAGGGAGCAGGAGACAGGGAGGUGUGGGAUAAAUACGUUGCUGUCCCAAAGCUCCAAGAAUUGUAAACUGUUGACUUCUAACAUUUCCUUAAACCUGUGCUACACCUUUUAUGAAAAGGCUGACACCCACAGUGUAAGGAAAAGCACUCUUAGGAAUGAACAGAAAUAAAUAAUUACCAGACUCCCUUGGGUGCCAUGGAGAUUAGCUUUUUCCAACUUCAGAACUGAAUUUAAAUAUGCAGAACAUCCAGGUUCUGCUAGGGUGAAAAGCAAUCACUUCGGUAGUUUAUGACAGAACUAGUGGGGUAGAGACCCCAAGAGCUUUCUUUGUGGGUAACGAUGCAUCUUCUCAUCUUCAAAUCCUGCUCAAGCUCUGUGAGGUGUGUUACCACACACCUGAUGCUACCUCCAAAAUAUGGGUAAACAGCACACAGGUCUCUGCAGAAACACUUUGAAGUUGCUCACACAAAGGCUCAGAGACCUUAGUUCUGAGGGAAUUCUGCUAUUUUUAACGUUCAAGGGGAAAAGGAAUACAUUCGUGAGAAUAUAAACUCAGGAUAAACUCAGAUGGAUUUACCCCCUCAUUACUUGUCAAUGUGCUUUGUCUGCAAAUGUCACCCAAUGAUUUUGGGUGGGAACACUAGAAGUCUCAAGGAAGAAAGAUUUUUGAAACCCCCCAGUACUUUAGUUUCACCAAAACCUCCUCUUCCCAGAACAUUAGUUGCUCCAUUCUUCGUGGUGUUUUCCUCUACAUUCUUUAGGGCAAUUUUGUUACUUGACAACUAGACUUAAAGCUUCCAUAGUCUCUUUUUGAACAUCUAAUCUUUGAAAAUGACAUAUAUUCCUUGAUGCACUAAAGGCUGUUUUUAUCCACCUUUCCCACAGUUCCCUCCACCCCACUUUUUUGCUUUGUUUUGUGAUUUUGUUUUAAUUUCUACUUUUGACAGUGUUCUGUGGGUAGAUUUCAAGUAUUCUAUAAAGAACUCAAACAGAAAAACAUAGUCAUCCCUCUACCCCCACUCCCUGGCCCAGUACUGACUAGUAAUUCCUUCUUAAGCUUGAUCUUGGUGAAAUCUUGCUGCCCAAACCCCAGUGGGACAUAUCUUCUCAUCUUUGGGGGAUGGCUGGUCAUUGCUACUAAUUAAAAAGAGGCCUCCCUGGCCAGUGUUGCUCGGUUGUUUGGGCAUUAUUCCAUACACCAAGAGGUUUCCAGUUGGAUUCCCCAUCAGGGCACAUGCCCCGAUUUCGGACACAAUCCCUGGUAGAAGAUGUACAGGAAACAGUUGAUCAAUAUUUCACUCCCACAUUGAUGUUUCUCUCUGUCUCCCUUUCCCUUCCUCUCUCACUAAAAAAAAAAAAAAAAUCAAUGAAGAAAAAAAGAGGCCAUGAGAUCAUGGAAGAGGACAGACCAGAAGCUGCUUUGGCUUAGGGGACAGGUGUGUGUGUGUGUGUGUGUGUGUGGUGGAGGCGGCGGGGGGGAGGGAGAGGGGGACUCUAUUUCAAAGACAAGCACUGCCCCUUAGUCUCCUUAGAUCUGCAUCUAACCCUGUAGCCAGAAAACUAUCUUAGGAAUUCUGCUUUAUCAAUGUGCAUGAUUUCUGGCACCACUGCUUAACUUCAAGAUCAAAGAGAAGCACAUUUCCAUUAUGUUGCUCUGGUGACUUACUCUAGUGGGGAGACAGGGAGCAUGCUUUAGAAAGCUGACCACCUGUGGGAAGCCUAAAGAAAAGCUGGCCAAGUGCACAGGGAGGUUCUGCCACAGAAAGGGCAAACUAGAUACUUCCUUGCAGAUUCUCAUUUGGGAAGGUGGCUAAAGGGAUGGUCUCCUUGCUGGUUUUCUUCGGGCCUUCAGCUUGG